UCUUCUCUCAUAAACCCUAAACCCUGAUCGUUAGCCUCUCCACUUAAUAAAAAAAAUUUCUGACAAUGUUGAGGCGCUACGUUCGGGCGUCCCUCUUUGCCGCGCGUUUUUUCUCGACUGAAGCGGCGGCGGCGGAGAAAGCAGUAACAACUACUAAAAGCGCUGCGAAAACCGGUGGCGGCGGUGGAGUUGGACGAGAGACGCUGGGAUGGAGGCUUAUAGGGCUCGUGUAUCCCAAACGCAGCGCCGUGGUUACGAUACGGAAAUGGCUAGAGGAAGGACAUACGGUCCGUAAGUACGAGCUCAAUAGGAUCGUCCGAGAGCUUCGCAAGCUCAAGCGGUAUAAGCACGCCCUCGAGAUAUGUGAAUGGAUGAGAUUGCAGCAAGAUAUCAAGCUUUUGCCUGGUGACUAUGCCGUUCACUUGGACUUGAUUGCAAAAGUCCGCGGAUUAACUAGUGCGGAAAAGUUCUUUGAAGACCUUCCCGAGAAGAUGAGAGGUCAAGCCACUUGCACAGCUCUUCUCCACACGUAUGUCCAGAACAAGUUGUCUGCUAAAGCUGAGGCUUUAAUGGAGAAAAUGUCUGAAUGUGGUUUCGUCAAGAACCCACUUCCUUACAAUCACAUGAUCUCUCUAUGCAUCUCACAAGGGGAAUUAGAGAAGGUUCCUGCAAUAGUGAAGGAAUUAAAGAAAAACACUUCGCCAGAUAUCGUUACUUUUAAUCUGCUGUUAUCUGUUUGUGCCUCCCAAAAUAAGGUUGAAUCUGCUGGAAAAAUCUUUGAUGAGCUUAAGAAAGCAAAAAUAGAGCCCGAUUGGGUAACAUAUAGUGCAUUGACCAAUCUGUACAUAAAAGGAAAACAAUUUGAGAAGGCCGCAUCUACUUUGAAGGAAAUGGAAAAGAAGGCUUCUCGGAAAAAUCGAGUUGUUUAUCCCUCCCUUAUCAGUUUGCAUACAAACAUGGGGGAUAAAGAUGGGGUUCAGCAAAUCUGGAAGAAGAUGAAAUCAUGCUUCCGCAAAAUGAAUGAUGCAGAGUAUACAUGUAUGAUAUCGUCACUUGUGAAACUUGGGGAUUUUGAAGAGGCUGAGAAACUCUACAAUGAGUGGGAGUCUGUUUCUGGAAGCGGGGAUGCUAGAGUUCCAAACAUACUGCUUGCGACUUACAUCAAUGGAGACAAGAUGGAUGUUGCUGAGAACUUCUAUCAGCAAAUUGCUCAGAAAGGCAUUUCCCCUUGUUAUACUACUUGGGAACUUCUUACAUGGGGCUAUUUAAGGAAGCAACAAAUGGAAAAAGUGUUGGAUUGUUUUAAGCAAGCUGUCUGCAGUGUAAAAAAAUGGAAUCCAAAUGAGAAGUUGGUCAGAGAAGUGUUUAACAAACUUGAGGACCUAGGUGAUACUGAAGACGCGGAGAAAUUGUUAGUUAUUCUCCGGGAUGCUGGCCAUGUCAGUACUAAGGUAUAUAAUUCACUUCUUCGUGUAUAUGCAAAAGCUGGUAAAAUGCCACUUAUAGUUGCUGAGCGGAUGCAGAAGGAUAAUGUACGACUGGAUGAGGAAACACAUAAACUCAUAAAAUUAACAAGUAAAAUGCGUGUGACUGAAGUUUCGAGCAGUUUUUGAUGUUGUAUGUGGAAGAGUAAGAUUUCCUUUGGGAUAAAUUCCAAGUCAUUUUGAUGACAAAAGGUGCAUUACACUGUUGGUGACUCUCAGCCUGCAUAAUUCAAUGCAAAUCGGUUGCAGAAAGUGUUCUAAAUGAUAGAUACAUGGCAGAGCCAGAUUGGGUGACUCUCAGCUUGCAUAGUUCGAUGCUAAAUAGGCUGCAGAUAGUGUUACAAAUGACAGAACAAUCCGUCUGAAGCUCCAUUUCUGAUCGGUCUAUUAACUGCUAUUAUUGAAUACAGAAAGUUCUAUGUUAAUUGCUAUGAGCUUAAAUGUACAUUGCUCAGAAAGUAAUGAAGGAUGACACUUUUUCCUUUUA